AUGUCGUUAGAAAACGAAAUCUCUACCCUAGAGGUGGAUGACCCCUCCCCCGCUCACCACAAGGAACAACCGGUCGUUCUCACUCACGAUGACGAGUUCCCCUCCAGUGGAGGGCGUAGCCGUCCCGCUACCUCUCGCCUCGGUUCCUACAUCAAAGUCUUCGAGCAGCAGCUUGUUGAGUAUAACCUGGAGGCCAGAGGGAUUGAGCGGGUGAGCGAGAGGGAGAGGAUGACCCUCACAUGGGUCGCGUACCUGCAGUCGUUCCUGCUCUGGGUCUCGAUCAAUCUGGCCGCGAACAAUCUUACUCUUGGCAUGCUCGGUCCUGUCGUCUACGGAUUGAGCUUCCUGGACUCUUCGCUGUGCGCGGUGUGCGGUUGCGUGGUAGGCUCCAUGGUUGCUUCGUGGAUGGCCACCUGGGGUCCCGUGUCCGGUGUCCGAACUAUGGCUGUUGGGCGCUAUUCUAUGGGCUGGUGGCCCAGCAAGAUCAUUGUGCUUCUUAAUCUCAUUCAAAUGCUCGGCUACUGCUUGAUUGACUGUGUUGUUGGAGGUCAGAUCCUCUCGGCAGUCUCUCCGAGUGGAAGCAUGUCCGUUGCUGUCGGUCACUGGGCCGUGGCCACAUUUGGUAUCCAAAUUUUCCAUUAUUAUGAACGCUUUGCCUUCCUCCCUCAACUGAUUGUUGUUUGUAUUCUUUUUGGCGUUUCUGCGUCCAAGUUCGAUUUGGCGGCCCCAUCGCAGGGUGAUGCGCGCACACUUGUAGGAAACCGGCUCUCCUUCUUCUCCCUCUGCGUGAGCGCUGCCAUCACCUACGCGCCCCUGGCGGCCGAUUUCUUCGUCUACUACCCCGAAAACACAUCCAAGUCCGCCCUCUUCGGCCUGACCUUCUUUGGUCUUAUGGUUUCCUUCACCAUGGCCCUUGUCUGUGGAAUCGGGCUUGCAUCCGGGAUCGGCGCUCAUGCAGAGUACGCAGCUGCGUAUGACCGGGGCGCUGGGGCCCUGAUUGUCGAGGGAUUCGGGCCCCUGCACGGCUUCGGCAAGUUCUGCUCGGUGGUAGUUGCGCUGGGCUUGAUUGCCAACACCAUCCCGCCGACGUACUCGUCAAGCGUGGAUUUCCAGAUUCUCGGCCGCUACGCCGAGUUCAUCCCGCGCGUGAUCUGGAACACGAUCGGCGUGAUCAUUUACACGGUGUGUGCGCUAGCCGGCCGCGGCAGUCUUUCGGAGAUCUUCACCAAUUUCCUCGCCCUGAUGGGCUACUGGGUGGCCAUCUGGUUCGCCAUCCUCCUCGAGGAACACUGCUUCUUCCGCCUCCGCAGCGGCUACAACUGGGGCGCAUGGAACGAUCCGUCCAAGCUGCCCGUCGGCAUCGCAGCCUUUGUCGCCUUCCUGGUCGGCUGGGCCGGCGCCAUCCUCUGCAUGGCCCAGGUGUGGUAUAUCGGCCCUCUGGCUAGCUUAGUGGGUGACUACGGCGCGGAUAUGGGUAACUACGUCGGUUUCACUUGGGCAGCUCUCGUCUACCCGCCGCUGCGUUACUUGGAACGUCGUCGAUUCGGAAGGUAA